UCUCCUUCCUCCCUUCUCUACACUUCUACUCUUCUUCUACAGUUCUACUCCUUACAAUCCUUCCCCUUUUUCUCCAUUCAAUCCUUAAACCCUAACCCUAGUCCUGUAUAUACCCAAUACCCUGUUUUCUAUUUUCUUCUUUGAUAUAAACCAAACACCAAACUCACUUCAUUGAUCACUCUGUUCAGCUCAAAGCUCAAACAUGAUGCUCCUACAGUUCACUUCCAACUCCAUACCGAUUCUCCUCUUCCUCUUACUACUCUCGAUCAUGACCCUUACCUCGGAUUCAAAGCCGCCGCCGCCGCAGUCGGUCUACGACGUUCUCAGGGCACAUGGGCUUCCAAUGGGGCUGCUGCCUAAGGGAGUGACCAAGUUCGAUACCGACGGGGAUGGUCACUUCCAGGUGUACCUGGAUCAAGCUUGCAAUGCCAAGUUCGAGAGUAAUUUGCAUUACGACAGAAACGUGUCCGGGACUCUGAGCUAUGGUCGGAUCGGAGGUUUGUCGGGUAUUUCGGCGCAGGAGCUCUUUCUCUGGUUUCCGGUGAAGGAUAUCCGGGUCGAUGUUCCCAGCUCAGGGAUUAUUUACUUUGAUGUUGGAGUUGUUUAUAAGCAAUUCUCGCUUUCGCUAUUUGAAACGCCACCGGAUUGUACUGCAGUCGCCGCCUAUGUCCUUGACGCCGGUUCCAAGAGUAACUCGGGAAAACUGCGGUAUGGGAUUGAUCAGGAGCAACAUUUUGGGAGAGGUUUUGUGUAGAAAUUUUGUGGGGAGAAAUGUGAUUUAGAAUUGUGGGUUAUACUAAGGGAUGGGAUAGUGUGGUUGCUUGCCUUGUUUUAAGUUUAUAUUGGCCGGUGAAUUCGAUUCGAACCAGAGAUUGGACGAGGCAGAAAGAGAGGUGUGUUACCAAAGAUUUGAAUACCAAAUCACAGGUUAUCAAUCUGCAACAAGUUUAUGUUGUAAUUUUGUGUAUUGUUUAAGCCUAUAUGGCAUCACGAAAAUCAUUGAUAGCAUAAAGCUUCCAAUAAAAUGAUCUUUACUUUUA